AUGAUCUUCUACAUUUGUGGUGAUAAUAAUGUGAAAUUUGAUCAACUUUAUGUCAAGAGUCAAAAAGAAUUUCGUUAUAUGAACGAAAGAAAGUAUUUAUGCAAUUUGAAACGAUUAGUAAGGUUGCAGAUGCUUAUGGAAGGCGAUUUUGGCAAAACGCAAACCUCCAAUACUUUAACAAAUUUUCAAACAUGGCGUAGGAUGCAACCCCAGAUAAGAAUUCACAGACUGGCCGUGGUGGAAGACAGUGGGAUCAAGCAGAAAAAGCCUGACAAUCAACUGACGGUUGAUGCUAAGUUACCAAUUACUGCUUUCAAUAGGGAAUCAAUGGUGUGCAAGGUUGAAUAUGUCGUUGGUUCAGGAAGAAAGAGUUUGAUCAAAGCAAGUUCUGACUGGUCAGAAAUUCACAAUGGUGCAUCAAUGAACACAAAGUCAUGUCAUUUACUCAACGAUGGACUUGCUUACUACGAACUUAAAUGGAUCUGAUUCUUCACUGGCCUCAUAAAGAAGCUCCUCAGUUACAAAUCCAUUGGAAUCCAGACAAAAUUCGUUGCUAAUAAGUACAAAGAGAUGAAUACAUAUGGUGAAUGAGCUUGACAUAGAUGAAACCAAAGUUACAGACAUAUGUGCAACACUCUACAAAGAUUAUUGAAUAACAAUGACUUGAUUCUUUAGGAGA